GGCCGCGGCCCCGCGCACGCGCGCGCACCCCUAGCUCAGCCACGAUUGCUCAGGAACGCGUCCACGCCCUACGAGCAAGGCGUUUAACCAAUCCUGACGGCCGCGUGGGGCAUCACGGGAACUCUGGGGCUAUAAAAGACCCAGUUGCUAUUUUAUACUCCCGGAGUCGCUCGUGUUUGAAGGGAGUAGGGUGUGGCUAGGUGCGCAUGCGCUGUUCUCAUACUCCGCCCUAAACUGCCAACUCUUCGCCCCUGCGAGGUAGGGCCCCCGCCCUGCCUGGUUUAACGCGUGCGCAGUCACGGAGCCUGGCUCCAGAAAGCCACCUGCGCCUGCGCGGUGAGGACUACGGUGACAGUACCCCGAGGUGGGGCGCGGCGGGGCGAUCAUGGCGGAGUCUUGGUCUGGACAGUCUUUGCAGGCUCUGCCGGCCACGGUGCUGAGCGCUCUGGGCGCCCUGGGCAGCGAGUUCCUGCGGGAGUGGGAGGCUCAGGACAUGCGGGUGACCCUCUUCAAAGUGCUGCUGCUGUGGUUGGUGUUAAGUCUCCUGGGCAUCCAGCUGGCGUGGGGGUUCUACGGGAACACGGUGACCGGGUUGUAUCACCGCCCAGACCCCCGCCUCCCACCCCAGCCUACCGCAGCUCUAGCUCUGGAUGUGUUCCUGCCUUCAGGUAUAGGCGGCCAGAACGGAUCCACCCCUGAUGGCUCCACACAUUUCCCUGCGUGGGAAACGGCAGCCAAUGAACCUCUCAAAACCCACAGAGAAUAAGGCCAAGCAAAGAGGUCUCCAGGAUGCAAGCCUGGGUCCACAGGUGCCUGUACCAACUCCUGCAAUUUCCCAGACACAAGGGGCAACAUAGAAGGCUCAAGCUUGACACCAGGAGCGCCCAGGACUGCAGGGCUGGGCCUCCACUGCCCCUGACCCGGCCUCCAACAGCCCUAGGCACUGGGCAAGGGAAGAGGUACCUUAAACAGACAAGGCAUGUUUGUUUUCUCCAGGGUCAGAGCACCAGGAGCCACCACCUUUGGGUUGAGGAGGCCAACAGAAACCUUUUUCUGUCUAGGCUUUUCCCUGUCCCUCUUCUCAUUCCACCAAGAUGUAGUCCCACAAAGAUUUUUCCCUCUGAGAGGAAAUCUGAUUGAUUGACUCAGACUUCUAAGGGAAGACUAUUCUCCCCUAAACCCUGUGUUUUCUGGAUUUUUCUUUGUUUGGAUUGGCAGAGAGCCAGGAAGUCCUGCCCUAGACUAGGACUUCUAUUCUGCGGUUACUCAUUUGGCCAUUCAGGUAUAAAGUGAUGUGUCCUGGCCCAACUGGAGAUCUCCGCUGUGUGAGCCAGGCAACAGAAGUAGUCAUAUCCUGGCUGUCCCGGUCAUAGUUCUUUGUUCUUGUGGGUGUGGGAAGUCUGGGUACCGCCCACUAGUUGAACCUCUGGGGUGAUGACCUGCCCUCUCUGGAUCCUGGGUCUGUACCUGCUCCCCAUCCCCCAGGGCAUGCCUAAGCAGUAGAUGUCCAGCAGCCCCAGAAUGCUGUACGAUCUCGUCAUUUCGCAUCUUGACCUGGAACAAGAGGGGCAUCUUCCUCUGAGCCCAUGGACUCGGUUCCUCCCCAGGACCACUACAUCUGCCUUCAGGAAUCUUUAGUGGGGAAGAGCCACACUGGCCAGGGGAGCCUUCACAGAGGCAGGUGGCCAAUGGCUCCAUGGAAACACCUGUUCCUGAACCUUGUGAUCCUGCACAUGCCUCUCCCUGAGAGCCACACUUCCUCCUGCUCUGCUGGAUCUCUAGCUACCUCAGUACCCUGCUGUCUGUUUCCUCCCUGUCACAUACCACAUGUCCAUCUCGGAGCUUUUGCCUAGGCUGACUUGGUGGCAAAGGUAUAUCAGAAGUAGAAACACACCUAGCCCAAUCACAUGUACCCAUUCCAGAAAUAGAUGUCUUCUGGCUGGCAGGAUGAUGGUCUCCAUACCGAAUCAAGGUCCCAUAUUUCAGGCUCAACCGAAGACAUGGCUUAUUAAACACGGAAAUGUAUCAGUCGUGUUGUUAUUCAUAUGGGCCAAGGAUAUGCACUCACAGAGGGGACUACACAGGGGACCACCUGGACCCUGUUGCUCCUCAGGACACAGAACCAAGGGUCUGCAGAGGUA